AUGGGUUGCUCCACUAGAUUGUGUUGUCUCUUAUUGUUGCUUGUGGCAUGUGCUAGUGGAGAGGACCCUUAUAGGUUCUACACUUGGAAUGUUACAUAUGGAGACAUUUUUCCACUUGGUGUUAAACAACAGGGGAUUUUGAUAAAUGGGCAAUUUCCAGGGCCUCAGAUCGAGUCCGUGACCAAUGAUAACUUGAUUAUCAAUGUUUUCAACAGUUUGAAUGAACCUUUUCUCAUAUCUUGGAAUGGAGUGCUGCAGAGGAGGAAUUCAUGGCAGGAUGGAGUGUAUGGUACCAAUUGUCCAAUCCAACCAGGGCAGAACUUCACUUUUGUUCUUCAAGUAAAAGAUCAGAUAGGUAGCUACUUCUACUAUCCUUCCCUUGCAUUCCACAAGGCAGCAGGAGGUUAUGGUGGUUUCAAAAUUUCUAGUCGCCCCGGCAUUCCUGUACCUUUUCCUCCUCCAUCAGGAGAUUUCACCAUAUUGGCUGGAGACUGGUACAAGAGAAAUCACACAGAUUUGAGGGCCAUUUUAGAUGGUGGAAGUGACCUUCCCUUCCCUGAUGGACUUAUCAUCAAUGGUCAUGGUUCCAAUGCCUACACAUUCACUGUUGAUCAAGGAAAGACAUACAGAUUCCGGAUAUCCAAUGUGGGCCUCACCACUUCCAUCAAUUUCAGAAUCCAAGGGCAUAAAAUGACAAUUGUUGAGGUGGAAGGAACCCACACACUCCAAAACACUUACGACUCACUUGACAUUCAUCUGGGCCAGACUUAUUCUGUAUUGGUUACUGCUGAUCAACCCCCCCAAGACUACUACAUGGUUGUCACAACACGAUUCACCACCCAAGUGUUGAAUGCUACCUCCAUUCUUCGUUAUAGUAACUCUGCAAGAAGUGUUUCUGGCCCUUUCCCUGGAGGGCCAACUAUUCAAAUUGAUUGGUCUAUUAACCAAGCUCGCUCUCUUAGGAGGAACCUGACAGCAAGUGGGCCAAGACCUAAUCCACAAGGGUCUUACCAUUAUGGUCUAAUAAACACAACACGUACAAUUAGACUUCAAAAUUCUGCUCCAGUUAUCACUGGGAAACAAAGAUAUGCUAUCAAUAGUGUGUCCUUUAUCCCUGCUGAUACACCACUUAAACUUGCUGAUUACUUCAAGAUCCAAGGGGUGUUCUCCCUUGGAAGUAUCUCUGACAAUCCCACUGGUGGUGGUGGUUACCUUCAGACUUCUGUAAUGGAAGCUGAUUUUCGAGGCUAUGUGGAGAUUGUGUUUGAGAAUCCUGAAGAUACUGUGCAAUCAUGGCACAUUGAUGGCCACAGCUUCUUUGUAGUAGGAAUGGAUGGAGGACAAUGGUCAGCUGCAAGCAGGCUAAGUUACAAUUUAAGAGAUACAAUUUCUCGUUGCACAGUUCAGGUGUAUCCCAAGUCAUGGACUGCACUUUACAUGCCUUUGGACAAUGUGGGAAUGUGGAAUGUGAGGUCUGAGAAUUGGGCUCGUCAGUAUUUGGGCCAACAAUUUUAUAUAAGAGUGUAUUCUCCAGCAAAUUCAUGGAGAGAUGAGUACCCAAUUCCAAGUAAUGCUCUACUGUGUGGCAAGGCAAUUGGCCACCACACUCGUUCUUUAUGA